AUGAUGGCCUCCGAAGGCUGCAACAGAAGUAGCGCUCUUCGAGCCGUGACGGAAACUGUGGCCAGUAGUGUUGACGUGCUCAGUGGACAGUGUAGAGACUCAUGCCCGCCAUGGACAGAUGCCUCGAGGAAGGCGCGGCGCAAGGAUCGCGAGGGCGAGCCGGCGGGUGACCCCAAGCUGUACCUGCAGGAGGCGCUGCUCGAGCGCAAGCUGCCCGACGUCGACAUGCGGCAGCUGGUGGACCUGCCGCACGGGCUCGACUACAACGAGUGGCUCGCCUCGCACAGUAAGUGUCCUGAGGCGCUGCUCGAGCGCAAGCUGCCCGACGUCGACAUGCGGCAGCUGGUGGACCUGCCGCACGGGCUCGACUACAACGAGUGGCUCGCCUCGCACAGUAAGUGUCCUGAGGCGCUGCUCGAGCGCAAGCUGCCCGACGUCGACAUGCGGCAGCUGGUGGACCUGCCGCACGGGCUCGACUACAACGAGUGGCUCGCCUCGCACAGUAAGUGUCCUGAGGCGCUGCUCGAGCGCAAGCUGCCCGACGUCGACAUGCGGCAGCUGGUGGACCUGCCGCACGGGCUCGACUACAACGAGUGGCUCGCCUCGCACAGUAAGUGUCCUGAGGCGCUGCUCGAGCGCAAGCUGCCCGACGUCGACAUGCGGCAGCUGGUGGACCUGCCGCACGGGCUCGACUACAACGAGUGGCUCGCCUCGCACACUCUGGCGCUGUUCGAGCACGUGAACCUGCUGUACGGCACGGUGUCGGAGUUCUGCACGGCGGCCACGUGCCCGGACAUGACGGGCCCCGGCGGGCGCACGUACGCGUGGUACGACGAGCGCGGCAAGAAGUCGCGCGUCGCCGCGCCGCAGUACGUCGACUAUGUCAUGACCUACACGCAGAAGACUAUCAACGACGAGUCCAUAUUCCCCACUAAAUAUGGUGAGCCAUUAAACUGA